ACUCUUCACCGCCCGAGCACAUUCCUCCUCGGCUGUGUAAACAGCAGCUUGCAGACACCGCUUGGCGUCGCGACGGCAUGCUGCUGUAGUUUUCACUUUCAUUGCGACGCCGACGGUUGCCGGGUGCAGACAUCUGUUUUUCCUGUUCCGAUCCUGGCGCUGGGACAGCCACUGGAAAUUCGCGCGCCUUCCGAGUAUCCUGCAAUGUGCUUCAUCGAGCCAAUUAUUACUGAAACACAAUCAAAAUUGCAAAUUGCAAGGUGAGGUGUGUUUGUAAUGUGUAAUGACACCCAAUGAGCGUUAAAAAUAAGAGGAAUAUAAAAAUGGCUCAGGUGUACAGUGAAGUAAAUUUAUCAUGUUUAAAACGCCAUGAAGUGCUGCAUUGAAGAGAGAUAAAAUUGCCCACACAGUGUCUAAUAUUUACCGAGCGUUGUAGACAGCAGUACAUGAUCCGCACUAAACAAUAGGGCUCAGGGUGAAGAGUGUGCAUGCCGCUUGAGGUAAACAAAUUGCGAGAGAUAUUUCAGCUUUUUGUUUCAAGUGCCACAGCAUACCGAGGAAGUGAAACAAGAAAAAAUGUAAUACGCUCCUGGAAGCAGGCCUGCAGCUCAUAAGAUCCGAUUCUUAUUCUUCCCUCGGGAUUAAAGUUUUGUUCUGCCCAUUGUGGAUGGCAAAAAAGGGAUUGUUUAGAUCACUAGGCUGAUUAACUGUCUAGCUUAUCAAGGAGGGUACAAGUCUCAGCAUGAGCAGCCAAAAAGCCUCAAUCAGACGUGAAACGUGCUAAAUUACCGUGAGUCAUCCUGUGUUAGUCAGAACUACGCGACCGCUCGGGCUGUCAGCCCCUGCUUCAGCAAGUUCCCAUUCAAUGGAAUCCAAUUCAAUUAAUUGUACGACCGACAUCAGCUCGAGCCACAAUUGGACCUGCUUUGUUGUGCACUAUGAGACGGAACCGGCAUUCCCCGAUUCGAUGGGGCCGUUGCCCGUCGUCAAUCUUAGCAGCGCUUUCCAGCCGGACGAACUGGAGCUUGACACGAACCGGAAGGACUACCCGAUGCUGGCCUUCGAUCCGGCCUAUCAGCUGCGGUAUGGGAUGCUAGGAACAAUACUGCUGAGUGUUGCUUACUCGCUGAUUUUCAUCGUCGGGCUGCUGGGAAACAUCUCGGUGGUGAUUGUGGUGAAGAAAAGUACCAUGAUGCGCUCUCCUACGAAUCGUUUCAUCGUCAAUCUGGCGUACGCUGAUUUAUUAGUCAAUUUUAUCUGUCUCCCGUUCACCCUGAUAGGCAACCUAUAUCCGGCCUGGAUCCUCGGCGUGUUUUUCUGCAAAACCGUUUCCUAUCUGCAGGGCGUCUCGGUUUCCGCUUCGGUCAACACGCUGAUGGCCAUCUCAAUCGAGCGCUGCGUGGCCAUUUCGUUUCCUAUCUCGGGAACCAUUACCACCAGGCAGUACCGAGUGAUCGUUUCAAUUAUCUGGACAUUCGCACUGGGCAUAAAUCUUCCGUGGCUGUUUGUGUUCACGCUGAAACCGAUCGGAAUACCCGGCAGUCUGGCACAGAUUUGCACCGAACUGUGGCCUUCACCGGCAUCCGAAAGUUGGUACUUUCUGUUCGCCAACCUAAUUCUGUGCUAUCUCGGUCCCCUGCUAGUGAUAUCAAUAUGCUAUGUUAUCAUUUGGAAGAAUGUUGCCUACCGGAAGCUCCCACGGGAUCUGAUAAUCAGCAGGAAAAACGAGGUCUUUAACCAGAGCAAAGUGAAGGUUAUCAAAAUGGUUUUCGUGGUUAUCAUAACGUUCACACUGUCAUGGUUACCGCUGUACACAAUAUUCUGCUUCGUUAAAUUCGCCGGAGACUUGAUAUACGACGAUUCAGUACAAACAUUCAUCUUCGGCAUCCUACCGGUAGCGCAGUGGCUCGGAGCGGCCAACUCGUGCAUCAAUCCCAUUUUGUACGCGUUUAUGAAUCGCAAAUUUCGGGCCGGAUUUCGGCACCUCUUCCGGUCGUGUUGCUCCAACGAAGACGUCGAGUGGGACCUGCCGACCACCGUUAUUCGGCAUGACGAGUCGAGGGAUCACGUGUUGCGUCGGAUACGGUCGGAAAAGCAUUUUCCGCGGAAUGGCAACAGCAACGGUUUCGGACCAAACGGUCACCGGCAACCCCUGCGGCACACACAAUCCACGCGGAUCAUUCAGUCGCGGCGUGGAGUUUGAGCUCUUACUCUAUCCCGUUUAGAUUUAUCGAUUUUCUCGUUAGGUGUGCAAAAAGUUCAGAGGUUAUCAGUUUUCGAAACCCGUAUAAAAGUUCGCGUUUUAAACUAAGAAGUAAUGUUUUGAGGUAAUACAAAAAACCGAAAAAUGCGUACAAAGUACAAACAAUAAAACAGAAUGCAAAAUAUAUUCGUACGUUUGAUAUCUCAGCGAGCAGAAACAUUUGCCAUCGAAGUAGUUAAAACACUUAUCGAUAAUAAUUGAAUCUAUUUUCCUAUCGUAUUUUUGUGAUAUUUAGCUAAAAGUGGAAACUAUUUAUUGUGAUUCCGGUCGAAAGCAAAUAGAACUUGUAAAGU